CCGGCCGCAGGCGCAGCGCGCGCCUCGGGCUCAGUAUGUGGCGAAUUCCUCUGCGGCGGGUGUCGCUCCAGCAAUUUGUGCACGUUGCAAAGAGGAGCAAGCUCUCCGAACCUAGGAGGUGUCCUGCUUCCACCAUGUCCUCUCUACUGAUCAGUCAGCCCCAGUAUGCUUGGCUAAAGGAGCUGGGGCUCCACGAGGAAAACGAAGGCGUGUAUAAUGGAAGCUGGGGAGGCCGGGGAGAGGUUGUCACGACCUAUUGUCCUGCUAACAAUGAACCAAUAGCAAGAGUUCGCCAGGCCAGUAUGGCAGACUAUGAAGAAACUGUAAAGAAAGCAAGGGAAGCGUGGAAAAUCUGGGCAGAUAUUCCUGCUCCAAAGCGAGGAGAAGUAGUGAGACAGAUUGGUGAUGCCUUGAGGGAAAAGAUUCAAGUGCUAGGAAGCUUGGUGUCUUUGGAGAUGGGAAAGAUCUUGGUGGAAGGUGUAGGAGAAGUUCAAGAGUAUGUGGAUAUUUGUGAUUAUGCUGUUGGCUUAUCACGGAUGAUUGGGGGACCCAUCUUGCCUUCUGAAAGACCUGGCCAUGCACUCAUUGAACAAUGGAAUCCCAUAGGCCUGGUUGGAAUCAUCACGGCAUUCAACUUCCCUGUGGCCGUGUAUGGCUGGAACAAUGCCAUCGCCAUGAUCUGUGGGAAUGUCUGCCUUUGGAAAGGAGCUCCAACAACUUCUCUCAUUAGUGUAGCUGUCACAAAGAUAAUUGCCAAGGUUCUGGAGGACAACAGACUGCCUGGUGCGAUCUGUUCUUUGACUUGUGGUGGGGCAGAUAUUGGCAAAACAAUGGCCAAAGAUGAGCGGGUGAACCUGCUGUCAUUCACUGGGAGCACUCAUGUGGGAAAAGAGGUGGCCCUUAUGGUGCAGGAGAGGUUUGGGAGAAGUUUGUUAGAACUCGGAGGAAACAAUGCUAUUAUUGCUUUUGAGGAUGCAGACCUCAGCUUAGUUGUUCCAUCCACUCUUUUUGCUGCUGUGGGGACAGCUGGCCAGAGGUGUACCACGGCGAGGCGACUGUUUUUACAUGAAAGCAUCCAUGAUGAUGUUGUAAAUAGACUUAAGAAGGCCUAUGGUCAGAUCCGUAUCGGGGACCCGUGGGACCCUAAUGUUCUCUAUGGGCCACUCCACACCAAACAAGCAGUGAACAUGUUUCUUGGAGCAGUGGAAGCAGCAAAGACAGAAGGUGGCACAGUGGUUUUCGGUGGCAAGGCUAUGAAUCGCCCUGGAAAUUAUGUAGAACCAACAAUUGUGACAGGUCUUCCUCACAAUGCGUCCAUUGCACACACAGAGACUUUUGCUCCGAUUCUCUAUGUCUUUAAAUUCAAGAAUGAGGAAGAGGUCUUUGCCUGGAAUAAUGAAGUCAAGCAGGGACUUUCAAGUAGUAUCUUUACAAAGGAUUUGGGAAGAAUCUUCCGCUGGCUUGGACCUAAAGGAUCAGACUGUGGCAUUGUAAAUGUCAACAUUCCAACAAGUGGGGCUGAAAUUGGAGGUGCUUUUGGUGGAGAAAAGCAUACUGGUGGUGGCAGGGAGUCUGGCAGUGAUUCCUGGAAACAGUACAUGAGAAGAUCUACUUGUACCAUCAACUACAGUAAAGACCUUCCCCUGGCUCAAGGAAUAAAGUUUCAGUAAAGGUGCCUUAAAUUGACUUUCUUGUUAGGUAUUCUUGCCCCUCUUUCUUCUGAAGAACACAAACUUAAUAUUUGCCCUGAAUAAAUUCAUCUUUGUGACUGUAACAGUGAUUAAUUCUUUAUAUCCUGGAGACUUACUAAAUAAAACUUUCCUUUUUUUAAAAUAA